AUGGCUGGUCGUGACCUCAUUGGUAUCGCUAAAACAGGAUCGGGGAAAACGCUCGCAUUCCUCAUUCCUAUGUUCCGCCAUAUUUUGGAUCAACCAGAGCUGGAAGAGCUCGAUGGUCCUAUAGCUAUAAUAAUGUCUCCUACCCGUGAGUUGGCCAUGCAAACGUGGAAGGAAGCGAAUAAGUUCGCGAAGGUCCUCGAUAUUCGUGUGGUAUGUGUAUAUGGUGGUGUAGGAAUAUCCGAACAAAUCGCAGACCUGAAACGAGGCGCGGAAGUGAUUGUGUGUACUCCUGGAAGAAUGAUUGAUAUGCUUGCAGCAAACAGCGGAAAAGUGACGAAUCUGCGGCGAGUCACCUAUCUCGUACUCGACGAAGCUGAUCGCAUGUUUGACAUGGGUUUUGAGCCACAGGUUAUGAAAAUCAUCAACAACAUUCGUCCAGAUCGACAGAGCGUCUUGUUUUCAGCUACGUUCCCACGCCAGAUGGAAGCGCUUGCAAGGAAAAUACUCGACAAACCAAUCGAAAUACAGGCCGACGACAUUGUUGCCCAGUUGAUGCGAAAUGGAUAUUCAUGCGCUCCGCUCCACGGAGGGAUAGACCAGUUUGACAGAGACUCAACUAUCACAGACUUCAAAAAUGGAACGAUUAAAAUAUUGGUUGCUACUUCUGUCGCUGCCCGUGGUCUUGAUGUCAAGAAUCUUAUAUUGGUUGUCAAUUACGACUGUCCCAACCAUUAUGAAGACUACGUUCACAGGGUUGGUAGAACUGGCCGUGCAGGACAUAAAGGUUACGCCUACACGUUUAUUCUGCCUGAACAUCAGGAGCGUAUGGCAGGAGAAGUUUGCCGUGCCUUCGAAACUGCAGGAGCUAAACCUCCUGCUGAACUUAAAGCCAUGUUUGAAAAAUUCAAAGCUGAAAUGGCAGCGCAAGGCAAAACUGUCCAUCUCGGUGGGAAAGGCUUUGCUGGAAGUGGUUAUAAGUAUGACGAAGACGAGGCAGAAGCAGAGGCGACAAAGAAGAAGAUGACGCGAUUGGUGUGCGGCAUGGAGCACGGUGCGGAUGACGAUGACGAGUUGGACGAGCAACUCUCGAUGAUGAUCAAAUCGAAACGAAGGGUAGUAGAAGGACAAAUGGGACAGGGUUCAUCUAAAAAGAAUACCGAUGUCGAGGAUAAGGUUGCGAAAGCGAAGGCACUGGCGGAGAAGCUUGCUUCUCUCCGAAACCUCAACGCUCCGGCUGAAAAAGAUGCUGCUCAGAAAGCGGCUGAAGCAAUCAUGAAGGGUGGAGACAUGGCUCCUAUAGAAAUGACAUCAAAGAUGAUCGCCAAGCAAUUAGCCGACAAGUUGAACGAAAAACUCAAUUAUCUGGGAGGAGAGGCGUUACCGGAGAUGAAUCAAGAAGAAGAAUGGCAGUAUUUCGAAGAAGAGCUUGAUAUUAAUGACUUCCCGCAGCAAGUCCGGUAUCGUGUCUGCAGUCGGGAAUCUCUUGGUCAUAUUUCGGAAUUUGCCGAUGUUGGGAUAUCAGUAAAAGGUUCGCACUACCCACCAGGGAAGGAGCCAAAGGACGGAGAGAGAAAGCUAUAUUUAUUGUUGGAAGCCCGACAUGAAAGAAAUCUAAAGUGUGCGAAGGAAGAAAUCAUCCGCAUAAUGAAGGAUGCAUUCCGACAACUGACAGCACAAAUGCAGCGAGCUGGACCAACCGGACGUUACAAAGUGUUUUGA